UAUCUGUGUUUAUGAAUGUCCAAAUCCCAACAUUCCUCCACGCUUGUGUUUCAAACUUCACAUCUUUUUAAACCGACAAAUUCUCCGCCAAGCUGGUCGUAGGCUCUACUUCUGACUGGAAAAAAAUAUAUACAUCUACAGCAGUCCAUGUACAAUGAUGAAAGGACAGAAGCACAUACAAUCGUUCCUCGUCAUGUAUGUCGUGACUUUAUUGACAUUACAUACAUCAAAAGGACAACGCAUGACAGAGGAGACCUGCACUGUUCAGCUUCUUGUCCCUGGCCUCAAAGGAGAACCGGGGGAGAAAGCACCAAAGGGAGCCCCAGGGAGACCAGGCAGAGUGGGCCCACCGGGGAAAAUUGGUCAACCUGGGCUAAAAGGACAAAAAGGCAUUAUUGGACAUCAUGGAAAAGUGGGACCAAGUGGAAUGAAAGGCAUAAAGGGAGACAUGGGGGAUCCAGGACCAAGAGGCCCAGAUGGAGAGCCAGGUGUCCCGUGUGAGUGCACACCAAUAAGAAAGAUGAUUGGCGAAAUGGACAUCAUUGUGGCUCAGCUAUCUUCUGAACUGAAGUUCAUCAAGAAUGCACUGCCCUCCCCCGCAGCUGUCGCUGGCAUAAAAGAGACAGACAGUAAGGUGUAUCUGCUGGUGAAGGAGGAGAAACGCUACUCCGAUGCCGAGCGCUACUGCCAAGUGAGGGGAGGGCACCUGGCCAUGCCCAAGGAUGAGGGUGCCAACACGGCCUUGGCGGGCUACAUUAAGGCUGCGGGUCUAAGCAGAGUCUACAUUGGCAUUCACGAUCUGGACGUGGAAGGAGUGUUCACCUACGUGGACCGCUCUCCUAUGUCCACCUUCAGCAAAUGGAGAAAAGGGGAGCCCAAUAAUGCUUACGACGAUGAGGACUGUGCUGAGAUGGUGGCCUCUGGAGAGUGGACCGAUGUUGCGUGCCAUCCAACGAUGUAUUUUGUAUGUGAAUUUGACAAGGACACUGUCUGAGUUGGUAUUGGACUUGUGUCAAUGUGAUGCAAAACUAUAACUUUUUGUACCACAUAAAAUAAAAAUACACCUUUGAAGGUAUACUGUAAAUAUGGAUUAGAAACUGGUUAUUUGGUCGAUUGUUAACAGAAGGUUGAUAUUUAUUUAUUUUUCCAUAGAGAAUUAAGGAAUCACCAUCAUAAAGCCUUUAUUAACUGUACAGGCAUGAACGUGUUUUAUAAAGUUGUCAUUAACUAGUUUGUUAACACAAGGUCAUUAUUUAUUUCUCCAUAGAAAAUAAUGGAACUACAAAUAAUUGGUUUCAGGAUCAAAUUAUCUCCAUAAUAAAACCUUCAUAGACUGUACAAAAAUGUUACAUUUUA